AUGGGUAUCAAAGGACUUCACGGUCUGCUAAAGUCAAUCCAAAAGCCAUGUCAUUUGAAGAAAUAUAGCGGACAGACUCUUGGUGUUGACGCUUAUGGAUGGCUCCACCGUGGUACGGUCGCCUGCUCGGUGGAUUUGGUCUUGGAACGACCAACAAGGAGACAUCUUGAUUUCGUUCUUCACCGAGUCCGCAUGCUUCUCUAUUUCGGUGUCACCCCAUACCUUGUAUUCGAUGGCGAUAAUCUUCCCAGUAAAGCGGGCACAGAGCAAGACCGACAUCAACGACGUCAGGAGAGCAAAGCCUUGGGUCUGGAGCUGCAGCGGAAAGGCAGAAUGCCCGAAGCUUACCAAGAGUUCCAAAAGGCUGUCGACGUCACUCCUUACAUGGCUCGACAACUGAUCGAAGAAUUGAAGAAGAUGAAUGUACAAUAUGUUGUGGCGCCCUAUGAGGCAGAUGCCCAGUUGGUGUACCUUGAACAGCAGGGUAUCAUUGAUGGUAUUAUCUCAGAAGACUCUGACUUGUUGGUAUUUGGCGCCAAGAGACUUUUAUCAAAGCUAGAUCAGCAUGGUGAUUGCAUUGAGAUCAAUCGGGCAGAUUUUACAGCAUGCCGCGAGGUCAGCCUGGUCGGUUGGACUGAUGCUGAUUUUCGACGAAUGUGCAUUUUGAGCGGCUGUGACUACUUGGCUAACAUCCCAAAGAUGGGAUUGAAAACUGCAUAUCGAAGCAUACGCAAACAUCGGACAGUAGAGAAAGCUCUUCGCAUGCUACAAUUUGAGAGCCACUUGCAGGUUCCCGCGGACUAUCUUGCCAAGUUUGAACAAGCUGAGCUUACCUUCCUUUACCAGCGUGUGUUCUGUCCCAAUGCUCAAAAGCUGGUCCCAUUGAUGGCCCCCGAAGAUGGUGUGAACUUGGACGAACUGCCUUUUAUCGGCAGUGAUGUGGAAGCUCAUAUUGCGGCUGGCGUUGCAAGCGGAGAUUUGGACCCUACAACCAAGGAGCCUAUUCAGAUGAAGCCUUUGACUGCAGGUAAAUUGCCCCUGGCAAUAAGUCGCCGUCAAACCCUAGGAUCUUCUUCAGAGCUGAAGCCCAGCAAGCCCAUCAGUUCGUUCUUCACACCGAAGCGAACUCCGUUGGCGGAGUUGGAUCCCAACAGCUUGACACCGUCUCCGAGCCAACAGCGGCUGCUGGAACGGAAUGUGAACAACUCCUGGCAGCCCAAUUCGGCUCCCUUACGCUCUAAUACGAUGAGAUCAACACCGCUGCGGGCAUUCUCAGACCAAGGCCUCAGUCCCAUGGUGCGGAGUGUUGAACGCAAUACGUUCUUGGCGCAAACAGCGAGAUCAUCCACUCUACAGCCUAUCAAGAGGCAAAGAUUAUGCUCUGAAACCGAGGACGAUCAACUGCCUGCUCGACCUAGCGCUCGUAGUCGAUUUUUUGCGGCUAGCACCGAUCAAGGUAGCCCUAGUGGACAGAAAGCGUCCCGCACAAAAAAACAGCGGAAGUCAACACUUGAUGUUUUCUCUGACGAGGUGGCAGAGGAUAUUUUUUGCAAUAUCCCCGAACCAGAUUCACAGUCGGAGACUGUGGAGACUAUCACACAGAAACCAGAUGUGAACCACAGUGGGGAUAGUGGAGACAAGUACCCUUCGAUUCCCCAGACCGUGGAUGGUCCACCCUCCACCGAAGAUGACAAGGGUUCAAAGACGAGUCAGCCAUGCAAGGAUACCUCGUUUGACCUUGCUCUUCAAUAUCAUGUUCGGCGUCAAAAUUCUACAAUUACCUCCCAAUUCACUUUUCAGUCUGGACCAAAGGAGUCCGCGAUACCCCGUCCGACUGCGUCUAGAAUCCCGGUUAUCCGGACAGUACACAAGCCUGCAUUGUUUACAUCUCCCAGAACAUCAUCCUCGGUGGCUAACCAAACACAAGUCGUUCAGCGGCAGCGUCUGACCCCAUUGCAACGCAUGGGCCAGACAGCACUCACUCGAUCGCACACAAUCAAUUUUCCCACAAAACUACGAGUCACUCCGUUGAAGCACGACACGGAUCAGAUGGAAUCCAAUACAUUUGAACAGCUUUCUUGCGAAGUUAACACUGCACAAGGUAGUGAGGACUUGAUCAUUCCUGACAGCGAGGAUGAAGAAGAGAUAGACCACAGCAUCUUGGGACAGACUACACCUUUGGAUCUGAAGCGUUUCUCUUUCACUGCUCAGUGA